AGUACAGCUUUCUUCUCGCUGCUUCUUCUUCUUCUUCGUAUAGCAACAACCACCAACUUUCAUUCCUCCAAUGCAAUCGGACUCACACAAAGUCCGAUAUUUUACUCGGUUUGUGAUGUAAAAUGGUUUAGCCUGUGUGGCAGAGAGGGGAUUCAAUAUAUACGGAGGAGUGAGUUGUCAUUCGCUUUAUAUUAUUCUCCUCCUUCUCUCUUGUUUAUAAUUUCCUUCCGAGAUAUAAUUUUUACUUCAUCACUUUUAGCAGAGUUACAACUUGUAACUAAUAUAAUUAGUGGUGAAUUGAAUAAUACUGCAUAGCUAGUGAAGGUAGAAAAAAACAAGUUGUUACUUACUGGCUGGCUCUUCCAGCAAGAGCGACUGUUUAACAGCUCACUCACUCACUGAGAUGGCAAUCGUAUGCCAUUUCGUUGUCGUGUAAAUUCUGUAAAUUUGUAAUUAAGUCAUAAGUGCGUCGAAAAAGGAGUAAUUUUUGAACUAAACGGAGAGAAACAAGUAGAGAUCAAUAAGUCUGCAAAGGUUGGCGAUUGACUUAAGUACAAGGGAAAAGAACUGUGAUGUUAAAAAUCUAGAUUGGCCUAAACGAGGAGGGCCACUAAAGAAGGAAGAUUGCAUAAACAAAAGGCCUAAAAGUCGCUACGUGUGAGGCAUAUAUAACGCCCACUGACAUUCUUUGCAAAAGUCUUACCUGAUUGAUGACCGGAAUGGAUGACGGUGGAGAAAGCCAGCCUUUAUUAGGCCAGUCUUAUGGAGGAGCCAAACCAGCGCCUUUUGAUACGGGAGAGGCUCCAACAGUGAUCAUCACCUCACAAGGAACUGUGGAUCGCUCCAACUUAGAAUAUGUGACCCUUCCUUCUGGGUCUAUGGUGACCUGCCGUGUAUGUCAGGCAACAAUUGACAUUAGUGACAAACGAGAGCAGCAUGUGGUAAAGUGUGGAAGUUGUUCAGAAGCGACUCCCAUUCGACCACCUCCUCCAGGAAAGAAGUAUGUCAGAUGCCCGUGUCAUUGCUUGUUGAUCUGCCGAGCUAGUUCUCAAAGAAUAGCUUGUCCCAGACCAAAUUGCAAGAGAAUAAUCAAUCUUGCUCCAAGCCCUGUGCUACCAGCUGUACCUCUGGGAAUGGCGAGGGUUAACUGUGCCAGUUGUGCAGAUUCUUUUCUGUUUAAUACAUUAAACAACUCGCUGGCACGUUGUCCUCAUUGUCGUAAAUUGUCGUCUGUUGGUCCUGAUUUUGCUCGGUCACGUGGAAUAUUGUUUCUAGUUCUUGCCUUUCUGUUUCUACUUAUUGGAGUGGGAGUGACCGUUGGGACGUAUUCCGUUGCAGAGAAGAAAGGUGGACUCUUUGUUGCAUAUAUAGGCGCAUUCUUGGUUGCUCUAUUUUUCCUGGCCAGGUCCAUCUACUACUGUUCUAUGAAAAUAUCUGAAAUAUCUACAAUUGAAGGAGGGGUGUAAUUGUGGGAAUGUUGAUGAGAUAAUACUGAUAAUCGGCAUGAUAAUCUGACUACGAUAAUAUGAUAUUUAUGUAUAACAAGAAGAAUGUCCUAGAAUUUUAUGGUUUCCAAUUUAUGUUGAAUACUUGUACUUGUUUUGUAGACUACUAUGACUCGAGCUUUGUUCCUUCCUGUUUAUUGAAAUCACGCGUAUAUUACCAUAUUAUCACUUACAAAAAUAAAAUUCAAUGAUCUGGUUCAUUAAUAAUGAUUUGCAUUCAAUAAGUCAAAUAAAUAGUCUGCAAAAGUUGUAA